UUAAAAUGUUUGCACGUCGUUGCGCCCUCGCGUCUAAUUAACCAAAACGUCACACCUCCUUCAACAACCCUGCCGAAUGCAGAGCCGUAUCCUCUGCUUCUCAACGCGUCGUUUACCACUCCAUCAGCGUCGUUUUCUCAGCCACUUCAUUCCCGACCACCAAUACGACCCGCCGUUCUCCCCUUCCCCAAAACCCUACUACAAAUCAAAGAAGAACCACGCGGAGAAGAAGAAAAAGAACAAUUCCGAAAACGGUGAUCCGAACAAAAACGGAGCCCCGAAACUCCCUUUCAAGUCGAACCUUCCGUUCGACUUCAGAUACUCUUAUUCGGAGUCCGACCCUUCCGUUGGGCCCAUCAGCUUCCGCGAAUCGCCCAAGUUCUCCCCCUUUGGGCCGGGCCGGAUCGACCGGAAAUGGACCGGUGUUUCCGCUCCGGUUCAGGGUGAACCGGACCGGGAGAGGGUCGAGGAGGAGCGGAACCGGAUUCUCGGAGAACCGCUUAGUGAGGUGGAGGUGGCAGAGCUCAUCGAACGCUACCGGCACAGUGACUGUGCCAGGCAAAUCAAUUUAGGAUCAAUUUGUCACCGCUUCACACUUUCAAGGAUCAAAAUGAGGAAGGGGGGAGUCACACACAACAUGUUGGGUGACAUCCAUAACCAUUGGAAAAAGGCUGAAGCUGUGAGGAUUAAAUGCUUGGGUGUGCCAACUCUUGACAUGGACAAUGUUUGCUUCCACCUCGAGGACAAGUCUGGUGGGAAAGUUAUCUACCGCAACAUUAAUAUACUGCUUCUGUACAGAGGACGAAAUUAUGAUACCAAGAACUGUCCAGUUAUCCCUCUCAUGCUGUGGAAGCCUUAUGCACCCAUAUAUCCUAGGCUUGUGAAGAAUGUAAUUGAGGGUUUGACGUAUGAGGAAACAAAAGAAAUGAGAAAAAGUGGGUUGAAUUCAGAUCCUCUCCUGAAACUCACUAGAAAUGGUGUUUAUGUGAAUGUGGUGGAGAGGGUGAGGGAGGCUUUUAAGACUCAGGAGGUUGUGAAACUGGACUGUAUCCAUGUGGGAACUAGCGACUGCAAAAAGAUUGGAGUGAAGCUAAGGGAUUUAGUGCCAUGUGUCCCUAUCUUGUUUAAGGAUGAGCAGAUAAUCCUCUGGAGAGGAAAUUUCAAGGAAGAGCAACCUUCAGAUUCACAAUGUUAGCAAGUAAUGCAAACUUUUGUUAUUCGAAAUUACUGCGAGAAAUGCAUUGAUUCAUGGCUGAAACUCCUCAAUCUGCUUGUUUGUAGCGUGUUUAAAAGCCUGUUGAGAAGUAAAAGAUCAUGUUUGUGAUGUGGAAGUAUAACUAUUACCUUCUCAGCAAACGUGAAAAGCCACAUCUGAGAUAAGGAACCAAACACACCAUUGCUAGUUGCUACCACCCAAGCAGACUGUCUUGAUGGUCUUUAUAUGAGAGCUGAUUAUUCAAUAUUUCUCAGCUACUCUGUGGAUACAAUGUGCUGUGUUCUUAGGAUCCUCAUGCAUCAUGGCAAUACGGGUAAGAUUGUUGAUGAGAAAUGCAACAUGUUACAAAAAUAAUUGUUUGUGGAAACAACCUGCUUGUUUUAUUGGCUGAAAAUUGAAUAAAAAAGGAAAAGAAAAAUGGAAACUUUGAUUAAAAUCGUGGGACUCAUUUGUUUACAGUUUGUGCUCUUCGUGUAAAGAAAUUUUGUACUGUCAAGCCAACAUUCUGGUAUUAUGUAAUAAACAUAUACUAUAUGUAACACUUCCUAUGACUAAGUGUAUAUUUUCAUAGCCGAAUCAACAGUCAACAUCUAUGAUCUUAAAUCAUAUAAAUCACAAGUUCUCGUUUCCCUUGUUACUGAAAGAUUAGAUGAAUAAUUGUCAAAGGUGUGGAUCACAUGUUAAUAUCAGGACAAGAGACCUGUGUUUCCUUAGACAGCAUGGUGCCUAAUCAAGAUUACACUUUUCUUCUGAAGAAAGAAAUAGCCAGGGAACAAGACAAGUAGUUGCCAUACACAUUUUUAGUAGCCAUUCAGUGUAUAUAAUAAAGCCAGUAAAGUGAAGAAACAAUUGACUUUUCUAGCAGAGGUUCUUUUCGCUUUAUGCAAUGGUUUCAGCUUGUGUAGUAUUAUUAGUAGUGUGUUCAAAGUCCGUAAGCUCAAUGGUGUUCAUAGUUUGAACCUAGUUAGCCUCUUUAUUGCUAAUGACAUGUUAUAUAUCUUUAUUUCAGCUCCAGUCCGGCAAUGGAUUGUGGUUGGUGAUA